CUUGCACCGCAAGUUCUUCAUGUAUGGGCCAAAAACAGUGAAUGGCGGGUUCUCUCAGCGGCUCCAUGAAGAUGAAAUUUGCAAGCGGAAGAAGCUCGGGAGAUGGAGAACUCUGCGCUGCAAACAACUGAAUAGACCGACUCGAUCGAUCUAUCCAGAUUUCGAAGUUUCAAUUAUCAGAAUGCACUUUGGAAGCAGCAAUUAGCGACAGGAUAAGAAAGGACAAGGGGAUGGAUAUUCUUCGGAAUUUCAUCCCUCUUUUUUGUCUGAUCUUUUAUGUUUAUUUAAGGGAAAAUCUCUUGAACAGCAUAAGAUAGAAAGAAAAAACGCCAAAGUUGAAGAAACAUGGGAGGGAAAAGCUGCAGCACAUGAACCAGAUUUUGAUCCUACAAAAAUGUCUACAGGCUUUCCUCCACCAGUUUACUAUGGCGACCGCAAAUCUGAAUCAACUACGAUUUAUGUAGUUUUGACCUUUGUGCUUUUUUCUGUGGUUACUGCAAUUGGUUGCUGCUUUUCUAAAAAAGUAAGACAAAAUUGUCUAACAGAACUGGAAAAUGCACUUGUUCCUCCAUCUCCACCAAAGUUUGCAUCAACUGCACCAAAUUUAGCACAUCAACCAAUGCAUAAUGUAAUUCAAGUUUGGGAAAUUGAUGCACCAACAAUGGAAAAGUUCAUUCAAGAACUGGCAAAAGAAAAGCCAAUAAGGUUCACUGCUCAGCAACUAUAUAUUUUCACAGACAAUUAUUCAACACCACUUGGGGCUGGAGGAUUUAGUACAGUCUACAAAGGUCAGUUCCCCAAUGGGGUAAAGAUUGCUGUGAAGGUUCUAAAUAGAAACUCAGACAAACAGGCUGAGCAACAAUUUAUGGCUGAGGUAGGAACAAUUGGCAAAACAUACCAUAGACAUUUGGUUAGGCUUUAUGGUUUUUGUUAUGACCAAUAUAUGGGUGCAUUAGUAUUUGAGUAUAUGGAAAAUGGAUCUCUGGAUAAGUAUUUGUUUGGAAAAAAUCAAGAUAUUGAUUGGGGGAAACUACUUGAUGUAGCCAUUGGGACCGCUAAAGCUCUUGCUUACUUGCACGAGGAAUGCCAAGAAAGGAUCAUUCAUUAUGAUAUAAAGCCCGCUAACAUUUUGUUGGAUUCAGACUUCUCUCCCAAAGUUGCUGAUUUUGGACUUGCCAAGCUUUGCAACAGGGAUAACACACAUAUAUCUCUCACUGGCUAUCGAGGCACCCCCGGAUACUCGGCACCGGAGUUUUUUUUGAACAAUUAUCCCGUAACGCACAAGUGUGAUGUUUAUAGCUUUGGAAUGGUAUUGUUCGAGAUCAUUGGAAGAAAGAGGAAUGCUACCGUUACUCCUUCUGGGAACCUCGAUUGGUUUCCACGACGCGUGUGGGAUAAGUUCAAAAAAGGCGAGCUAGAAGAAAUGAGUCGUGUAUGUGGUAUUGAAGAGAGAGAUAAAGAGAGUGUGAGUAGAAUGUGCAAGGUGGCUUUGUGGUGCGUUCAAGACUCCCCUGACGAGCGGCCACCAAUGAGUGCAGUGGUGAAGAUGCUAGAGGGAGGAGUAGAAAUAAUGCCGCCACCAAAUCCAUUUCAAAUCUCGAAUCCAACUCCGAUAGGGAACAUCAAACUGGAUUUGCUACAAACGAGUAUUAGUUCGGAUUUUUCGACAUCCAAUGAAGAAAUCCAUUCUUCUUGGUACAAGAAAGCUACUCCAAUUAUGAAGAAGUAUGAAAUACAGAUAGCUAGUUCAUAACUUAGAAGUUAGUUAGGAGUUGAAAGGUUUGUCUUUAGGUUGUAUAAUCUUUGUACUGUGUUUGAACUUUGCAAUGGAAUUAUAAAGACUUUGGUAAUUUGUAGUUACUUUAAAGAUUGUCUGAAUUGUUGGAAAUAUG